AGAGAACAAAAAUCAACGCCAGACGAAGGAAAGAUAGUGAUGAGAGUGAGAGAAGCAUCACCAGGCAGAAGAAUGCUAACAGAGACGAAAAUGUCAAUAUAAGCGCAAGGCGAAAGAAGAACAAGAGUGGCAGUGAAGAAGAAGAAGAAGAAGAAGAAAACGGAGAGAGAAAACAGCGGAAAAAGAUGAAGUUGAACACAGAAGAGAAGAGAGAAGGAGAAGAUAACAGAAGAUCACAGAGGAAGAGAAAGAUUGAUAAAGAUGAACCACAAGAGAGAGAAAUACUUGAUAAAACAAAGAAAUGGCAACUCAAGAAGAACCCAAAAGGAAAACUGGAUAAAGAUGAAGAAAAUCCCAAAAUACCCAAGAAAGACAAUCCACCCAAACGAAGACAAAACGAAAAGACAACGAAUAAAAACAGGG